UCAGAGGGUAAAGUCGGAUCUUUCCAUCCUGAACUCAGAGACCCAGAGGAAUUGAAGGAGGAUCUGCUGCAGCUCCAUCUGAAGGUGACCAUCAUGAAGCUGCUCUGAUCCAACCAGGUGUCCUCGUCCCUGAUUGGUCGAUUGCACGAUGAGCUCCGCCUUCUCUCAGUCGCUCUUCGACCGUUUCGCUGCGUCGCCCCCUGCUGGCCGGGAGGACCGGAGCAGGACUCAGCACUCAGAGUCUCUGUCGGCCUCUGUCCCCUUCCUGUUCUACCCUCCCACGGUGGACCCCGCUGCCCUCAGCCUUUACAAGGGCCCCUUGAGGGGUCCCGCCGGCAUCCUGCCCUACCUGUCCCCCUUCCACCACCAUGGGCACUUCAGCGUCUAUGAGUGUCCGUUCGAGCCGGCGUUCAUCCAGAAGCGUAACGAGCGCGAGAGGCAGCGCGUCAAAUGCGUGAACCAGGGCUACGCCAAGCUGCGGGACCACCUGCCGGGCCACAGCGCCGACAAGAGGCUCAGCAAGGUGGAGACGCUGCGAGCCGCCAUCAGGUACAUCAAGUACCUGCAGAGGCUGGUGGACAUGGAGGAAGACGGGCGUGAAGGGGCGGAGCCAGGCAGUGGGACGCCUUCUGGCCCGGACAGGGGCGGAGAGAUGCAGGCGUGUUGAACGGCCGGUUCACCUGGACAACCAAUCAGAGCGCAGAACCCAAAGGGAGGAUGUCAGCGACGCUAGACUGUAAACCUCCAGAGGACAGAUCCCAAAUGGACAGCGCCACCUGCAGUUUGUUCCUGAAAGUCUGAUGGGGAAUCAGGGAGAGUUAAACCAGCUCUUUCUGGACAUUUUCAGCCACCGUAGAGCAGCAGAUGGUUCAAUAUUUCAGCAAAACCUUUCACAUGCGGAUCCAACAACCUGGCACAGAUGUUGCUAAGGGUCAGCUUUUUGAAAAACAAAAGACAAAAACAAAAAACACUGAAAAAUUAAAGAUGGCGGCCAGUUUUCAAGAUGGUUGCCAUGAAAAAUAACUUUUGCACUAAAAUUGCCAAUUAAAUUAACAUGUUCGGUGUUAGAGCUCAGCCUACAUAUUAUUAACCAUAGAAAUCUUACAUAUUUUCUUGAGUUUAUGUUUGCUUUUUCAAAAUGGCUGCCAUAAUUUUAAUAGAGAAUAUAUGUUUGCACUUAAAUUGGCAGAAGUAAUUGCCAGUGACACCUAACCAAAGAGUUAGAUUCACUAACUACUAAUUUGAUUAACCAGAGUCUUAGCUUCACUAGUGCUAACCACAUGUAAAAACUUAGCACAAGCUAAUGCUACCCUGCCAAACACAUCAACCAUUAAGACGACUGUCUCAGUUUCUCUCAUCUUCAUUUCCUUCCUGCUGAUGACUGUUGUGAGACUCGCAAACAGCAAACUCCUCAGUUUCUGCUUUUACUAUAUUAUUACUUUACAGUUGUAUAAAUAUGAGCAAAAUCGAAAACAUGUCAUGUAAUAUAAAGUUCAUUCAAGUCAUGAAAAUGGGGAACAUUUUAUGGCAAUUAGAUGAAAAAGGUCAAAAACGCGGCCAUCUUGAAAAAUUGUGGUCAUCCUAAAACUCAAGUGGCUGAUGGGAAAUAUUUAAAACGUACGAUGUGUGAACUUUUUUUACAGUAAUAUGCUGCACUAAUCGUAGGUCAGGAAUCUGUAGUGAAUGUAGUUUUGUUUUAUCGCCACUAGGUGUCUCUGCAACUUUCAAA